UGGAAGAAACAGAAUCUAGAGCACCAUCUCCACCACCUAGAAAGCCAAGAGGUCCAACAUUGAUGUCCCACAUAUGGGAGUUGGAUAAAGGUGUCAAGGUUAAUGUCAUAUUUGAUGCAAAUUGCCACCCAAUUGGUAAAGAAGGCUGCACCUUAACUCGAUUCCUUGGUACUGUUGCAAGAAAAUCAGAUGUUGCACCUAUUAGCUACAUGGAAUGGAGGGAUAUGCCUCAAAUUUAUAAGGAUGACAUGUGGAAGAUUAUUGAGGUAAAAAAAAAAAAAAUUGGCUUAUACUCUUAAUAGAUUAGUAAACUUGGUGCAAAUUUGGUAUAUUACUUCCAUAUUUAAUUAGCUAUAUUAAAGAAAAACCUUUUGUUUUUAGCUAUGUUAGAUUUUACGUUUCCAAUUGACUCAAGAGCUCUAGUUCCAUUUCCUUUGUCUUCUUUGGUUUUUCUCUACAUUUUUAGAAAGCUUUGCUGAAGGAAGAAAGCCAUCAAGGGCUGAACUCUACAUUCAAAGUCGAAUGAAAAAGGAUGGGGGACCUGUAAGUGAAGAGGCAAGCCAAGUGAUGGAACAACUUAAAAACUGCAUGAGUGCGUCUACUUCUUCUGCAAGUGCAUUGGAGGAAACUACAUCUUGGCAAGAUGAUAUAUUCUCUAAGGGGAAGGGAUCUGACAAGAAAGGGAGGGUUCGCUGCUUAGGCAAGGUCUCAACUUCCAAAAAAUCUAUCCCUUCCACCUCUACGAACAGCAAUGUUGAGCAAAGGUUGAGUGAGGUAGAGAAUAUGUUGGGUGGAUUAAUGCAGCUAAUGAAAGCAAGAUUCCCUAACGAGAAUAUCACAGAUAUUUUACAAGCUGCCAACGAAUUAGCUGCUGCCAACAGAUUGGAUAGAGAGGUUUCGGAUGCUAACAGUGGGCAAGCUUUUUCCCCAAAUAAUCGUUCCUCUUCACAUUCAAGCUAUCACCUUUUGUCUCACCAAAAUGAGGGUAAUGAAGAAAAUGAUAGGCAAAGGGACUAAAAGGCAUGUUUGUAUCUCUUCUUGGAUCUAUAAUUUCUAGUGACAAACUUCUUCAGAUUCGGCAAUUUUUGUUUUUGCCAAGAUCUGCUGUUUUGAGAUUGAUAUAUAUCUAAGGAAUUCCUCUUUUAUGGUUGCCAAUUUAGUGCAUCAAUUAACUAAUUCUUUUUUU